CAGUGGGACUCGCCUGAAAGGUCGUAUCAUAGGCCGGUCGCUCGAGACGAGGUAUUCGAUUGCUGUAUAGCAAUCUAUAUGGACGUUCAGGAGCGCUGUUCAUGUGCAACAGACAGGCUCUGUCGGCUGAGAAGACGCGUGAGGUACGACGCACAAGUUCGAUGGUCUCGAAGGAAUUGGGCGGCAGCAGAUGAUCCUUCCUUGUGCCUGGCGCCUGCCUGCCGUGCCGCCGUGCUUGGCCAAUGAAGGGCUGCACCUCAGAUGAAUCCAAUGCAUCCUCUGCUAGACUCUAUCCUCCUAUCAUCAAACUAUCUGACCCCUCCUUCCUGAUUCUGUUUCGACCAGCUUCCUUCGGGCCUGCAGCCAAGGGGCUGGGCAGGCACCCCUCACCAUGGUCCCUGUGACCCCUUCCUCUGUGUCCUCCUCUGCGUCCACUUCCAGGGAUACAUCUUUUCAGGCUGACUCACGUCCUGACGGAUCCUCCUCCCACAUACCUCGCGUCGCUCAAGACGACGACGUCCUCGCUCAGCAACGUCUAGAUAAGUUCGUAGAUCUCGUGUAUGAUCGCCUGAACGCUCGCACCAACUUCGUCCCAAGUCUAGCUGAGAGACUCAAAGCGAUAGAGACCUGUUUGGGCAUAGAGACUACUGAUGACAGCUUUGACGGAUCUAACGGUGCCAGUCGCAAGCAGCGUAACCACCUGACAGAGGUCAGAGACAAGUCUCGCCUCACAGGCGCACUUUUCAGUACCAUCAGCAGCCUCACAGCUCGACUUGAUGAAGCCGAGGCAGCGCUGGACGCAAGUGCCACUGCAUACGCUUCGCAUGAAGUACAACUAGACCGCCUCGGCCAAGCUGUAUCCAUCAACACCUUUCUUGCCCAACAGCUCGCCAGUAAUCUAGCUUCGUCCAAGCUAGCGGACGUGGAGCCCACCACCACGAUGCUUGCGCUUCAACAGGCACUGGGGGCACUACGAGCUCAGAUUCAACGACAUGAGACACGAAGCAAGAACAAAGAAGAGGAAUGGUCUAAACAAAACGGCCAGUACGAGCUUCGCCUUGGUCAAGUUAAAAAGUCAAAAUUUCACCUCACGCUGCAGCACGCCUCACCGAGGGAGCCGCUGCCCAGGAGUCCAGUCUUUUGGCCUGACGCACCGUUCAGAGAGAAGGAUGUAGCCCCUCUGCAAGCUGAUGAAGCUAAUGUGGAGCCAAAAGCACCUGCGAACGAGCUCAAGACGCUGCCCGACAUAGUCCUGGACAGCACUGCCGUGGAUCCUCCCUCGUCACAGCCUUCGUCGUCUGAUCUCAGCGAUCCUAGUAGCAUAUAUACACCCCCUCUCAAGAAUGCCAGCUUGAUAGGCGACGGGUCAUCGCACAACGACGUCAAUGCCGAGCCCACACUGGUACAUGAGCAGCCCUCACAGGUCCCAUCCACCCCGCUUACCACCGAAGCAAGCGAAGGUAUGCGUACUGUCGCCACUUCCGAAGUCGGUUCUGCAAAGGACGACUCAGCUAUCACACUUGCAGGUGAUGAUGCCUGCCAGUCGAAAGCACCUUGUGCACUUGCUUCAGAUCGGGAGGGACUUCAUCGCGUAGAGAGCGCAGGACGAUCAAACAACUCUGAAGGUCUCGCGGCCACGUACAUGUGCCCAUCGCCCGUUCCCGUCCCUAGUCAGCCGACCAAGCCUCAGCGAAAGGUGUCCUUCGAGCUGAGGACAGCUGCAGACGAGCGCCAGAUUGCUGGUCCUUCAGACUCUACGAGGAAGAUUGUCGGCGUUCUCAAGAAUGGGGCUAAGCUGCAAGUCAGACCAUCUGCAAGCGCUUCUUCCACCUCUCCAUCCUGGCUCUUGUCCAGCAGACCUAGUCAACUCCUGUCCCACUCUGGAGCUCACGAAGCUCAGCCAGCCAGCGUACCUGGGUCGACGAAUAACGGACAGAGGAAAAUCAAGGUGCUGCCGCCCAAGCUACCCUCUGCGUCUGGAUCAGGACAAGAGGCCAAGUCCAACAAGGUGCCUGUACACCCCGUACGCGGAAAUACAGCACACACUGGCGCCAGUACUGGUGCGCCGGGACCCACCCUGAAGAGCGUCUCAGAAGCUGCCGCCUCGAACGCGUCUGUGAAGGAACAGCUGAACAAACAGACUGCUGCAACCGAUGCAAGCAACCAAGACCCUUUUGCGAGCAAGAAACGUCGCCAUGAGGAGGAGAGUACGCGCAAAGAAGCGCGACAAAAGCAAGGCACUGGCGCUUCCUGCUCUUCAGCUACGGCAGGACCUGCGAAACGGUCGUCGUCUUCUCAGAAGAGGCUACGCAGGAGGCGAAGAGCGGAAGUACUACGAGAGAUGACGGCCACGCCACUCCAACCUUCAGACGAUGGAGCCCGCAGAGAAGGGCCUGAUGCUGAUACAUGGUGGGAGCUGCCUCUGUCGCAAAGCUCUCCAUCUUCUCAGAGCUCACGACAGGCCUCCGGGACGAGCGCGCAAGGGUCAGCAGCCACAGCAAAGAGCAAGGAAACAGGCAUCACACAGGAGCAAGUUGGGAGUAAUUCUAGCCAGGGCCACCGUAGCAGUGAUUAUGACCUGUGGGGGAGCGCCGCGGGCUCAUCUCCAUGUCCCCAGUGAAGUGGGCACGCUUGGGCUGGGUUUGGUCGCCUCGACUUGCUGCCAACGGUUGGGGGACAGACGCAGGGACCGAGCACGGGCUUGUAUACGGCCCAUCAUGGUGAUACUGCGCACAGACUGUCGAGCGGUGCAGCGGUGUCAAGACUGUGACUGAGUGAACUUCCAGGGAC